AACAUAAUCUGGCGCAUGUAACGAAUGUUAAUUUUACAUUGCGGUGAUAUAUUCGUUGAGAGAAAUAUUAAAUAUUUUUCGUCAUUCACUGCACAUGAAGAAUAAUCUCAAUUGAGCGUUUUGACAUCGCAUGCUUAUUAUAUUCUCGUCACCGGCAUUUUGAAAUGAGUAGUUUUGGACUGUCGGCAUUUUAAUCGCGAUGUUCGCACAGUACUUUAGGACAUUAAAGAUAGGUUGCCUCAGCAUGAUUCAUAAAGGACCACGUCCGUUGGUACUGUGCGGUCCUUCCGGCAGUGGGAAAAGUACUUUAAUAAAGCGGCUGUUCGACGAAUAUCCUGAUACCUUCAAAUUCUCGGUUUCCCACACGACCAGAGCUCCUCGGCCUGGUGAAGAAAAUGGUACUCAUUACCACUUUACGGAUAAAGAAAAGAUGCAAGAACAAAUCAAGAAUGGUGAAUUUAUUGAAUCUGCAACAUUCAGUGGGAAUUUAUAUGGGACUAGUAAACGAGCAGUUGAAGAUGUGCGAAGCCUAGGAAAGGUAUGUGUGUUAGACAUUGACAUACAAGGAGUGAAACAAAUCAAACGCACUUCUCAUCUUGAUCCCCUUUAUGUAUUUGUAAAACCACCGUCCAUUGCGGAGUUGGAGCGACGAUUAAAGUUUAGAAACACAGAAACUGAGGAAUCAUUGGAACGCAGAUUAUCAGUUGCCAAAGCCGAAAUGGAAUAUGGCGAGACACCAGGUAACUUUGAUAUUAUCAUAGAAAAUGACGAUUUGGAAAAAGCAUAUGAAACUUUACGCAGCUUUAUACGUGUUCGUCUUCAUCCACAUUGUAAGACAGACGAGACGAGUUAAUCGAAACUCGAAAUUCAAUGGAUCCUUGGAUUAUUCUCGUUGCGAAUCUGGACACGGCACAUGAUCGAUUACGUUUCUCGACAAUGUGUAUCGGUUUACUGGAGCGCAUAAUCACAAUCAUUGAUAUCUGUCUUCUCAUUCUGUCUCGAUCAUACUUGUCAAACUCGUCUUUCGUUGGCUUCAAAAAAAAGAUUCUAACUCAUUCGCACAUAUUCAUAUCUGUUGUAUAUUCUUCGUUCAAACAACACAUAACGGGAUAAUCGUUGAAUUCUUUUCCAACAUUAACGUUGGUUACGACUGUUGCUUCGCAUCGUGCGACAUGGCGGGAGAAUGUAGGAAGACUUUUUAGGAUGUAACGUGUUAAGCUUAAUACCGAAUUAACCAAACGAAGUAAACAUAAUAACGUAGACGUAGUUAACUGAGACUAUUCACCAAAAAAGGUUGUGUUCCAAUAGAGUAGGCUACUUAUCGAAUAUUCGAGGUACUUACCUUCGUGUUAAAUAUACAAAACGUGUAAUAUAUAGUUUUUCUGAUUUACAUCACGGUAGUAAUUAAAUUUCAUACGCGGACGCUCACACAGUACUUAGAAUUAAGAUCAUAGAAAGGAUCAUACAUACAUUCCAUCCGAUAUGUGGAAUCUGUAUUUACUGUCGAUAAGAGCUUAUUAUUUUCUUAUUAGAAUUAGGAUCGCAAAGAGAAGGAAGAUGUUUCCGAAAAUCUCCGAGUAAAUACGCGCUUGCUCUAUCAUGUGUGAGAUUUGAAGCAUUUAACUGUUCAUUUUAUUUCUCGAGUUGUCUCUAGAAUCGAUAUUUGGAUAUUACAUACUCGCGAGAUACAUAAUAUGUAUAUAUUUAUAUAAAGUCGCGAAUAUAUCUCCAACUAAUAUAUAUAGAGAAGUGUCGAGAUUGAAAUGUUAGUCAGACAUACGCGCGAUGGACUAACUUGAAUUCGCCCUUCUCCCUUUAGGUGUUAUAAAAAUGCCACAUCAUAGGGGGAAAAAUGUCUUUAAUUAAGAUCAGCGUUAACGCCCUUUCAACUGACAAAUCUUUGGUAUGGGGGCCGCGGGGAAAGCCGUUUUAUUGUAGCUACAUGUAUUAUAGAGAAUAUAUGAUAUUGUUGCAUGUGUAUAUUAAAUAAUAUAUUUAAUAAAUAGAGUUUAAAGAUA